GUUCCCCUCCAGAGUGUGGUCCCACAGGCAGGAUCCAGCCCUCGCGCACUGAAAGUCAUGACUGGAAAUGAUCAGCCCCAGGGGCAAAGAUAAGGCCGGGGAGGUGGGUCCUGCUUUUGGAGGGCAUUGCCUCCAUCCCCAGCUUUCUGGGUAACCAUGCCCACUAUCACAGGCAGGAGCAGGGCAGGGUGCCUCCCCCGGGUGAGUGCACUGCAGCCUCUGCCCACACCAUGGCCGGGGCUGGGGCAAUAUCCGUCUCUGCCUUGCUUGGGCAGGGGGAGGGGAAACAAGAAUACUCCCUGAAUGAGCCAGAGGGGACGGUGGGAGAGGGCUGUUCCCCAAGGAGUGAGAAGGACCGGGGCCAGCUUCUCCUCCCAGCUCCCUACCCCUGGAACAGUGCAUCCAUUCAGAGCCACCUCCCUGGCCAAAAACUCCCCUGACCCACAGCCCACCCCACAGCAGCCUCUGCAGAUGCAGACAGACCUGAUGGCUCAGCCGCCCCACUGCACCCUUUAACCACCCCCUUCCCUGAUCACCCUGCCCCAGACAGCCCCUCAGCCCAGUCUCCAUCUCCACACACGCACCUCGGUCCGCUGCCUCUCCCCUGUGUCUCCCAGUGCCGGUGCCCAGCUCCUGCUGCUUCCUCCAGCUCCGCUCCUGGGUGUCAGUGCACAGGGACCAAACGUUAUAAAUGCCUGCAGCUGCUGUCCCCAAAAAUACCCUCUGAUGACACGCUGGGUUGAUAAGACCGAGCCUGCUCCAUUCAGCGCCUCACUGAGGCAGGGCUGGUCUACCUAUGUAUAGCAGCCUGGCGGGAGCCACCCCAGAGAGCUGGGGUGCCACAGCCCCAGCUGUGGCUCCAUGAUAGCUCAGCCAGCAGCAGGAGACAAUGCACCAUGUGGGAUGUACAGCAUGGUGUGGGGUAUAUGGAGCGGGACACCAGACUGCAGUGAGAGAGGUCAUGCUAUGCGAGACAUACUGCAUGGGGUGGGAUGUACCGCACUGGAUGCUGCAUGAGAUGCCAGGUUGUGCAUGGGCUGUGCAGGACACUGGGCUGUGGGAGGAGCAGAGGGGAUACACAGGCUGCCCACCACCCACAGGGCAGGCAGGGCUGACGAAUCGGGAACACCCGGCAGUGUCCCCUCAGGCAGCCAUUAGAGGAAGGGCACCGGGUCCCCUUGCAGCCUAUGCCUAUGCCUCUCCUGCAACUCCCACACUGUGAGCCAGCCCGUGGAGCAGUCCAGGAUCCUUUGCCUGCUGCAGGGUGUCCAGCUGGCUUGGCUUUGCCUCAACUCUUCUCUCCCUGAAGCUGGCCCAGCAUUCCCCAGUCCUAGCCCCAGGGACCUCUUGCUGUCCCUCCUGCUUCAUGUCUCCAGGACCUUGCCAGAUUCCAGACUGUCCUGGAGAUGCCACAGUCACACACCACCCCCCAGCCUGCCCUCCCUAGGGCCCCAUCCUCACAUCCUGGUUGCCCUGGCUUGUCCCAGAGAUCCCAGUGCCCAGCCUGUACGCCCCAACUUGCCUCCCCCAUGCCAGAGCCUCACAGGGCUCUAAACCCCAUCAGGUCUUUGCCCAGAUUUCCCUGCUGUGCACAACUGCUGUCACCUCCCACUAUCCCCCCUGAAGCUGCAGAUCUCCAGUUCCUCCACCGUGGGGGGCACCCAGCACCAGCAGCUGCAAAGCUUGCUCAGGAUGCCCCCUCCAUCCCUGCCAGCACAGGAAAACCUUCCUGGCAGCACCCUGCCCACAGCACGGCCUCCCCAGCCCCAUGCACCCGCUGCUCCCAGCAGCAUCCCCCCCACACACACCCCUUGCCCAGGCGCUGCCCCCCCCCUCCAGACCACACUGUCCUUGCAGUCCUCACAUUCCAGACGUCUCAGCGCUUUCACAGCCCAGAGAUAAUAUUCACGGCGAGCAGACGUUUGCGUCAGUGUCAGAUAGAUCUCAAUGCCACCCUGCCCCAGGGGGAGAACAGCGGGCAGACAGGCUGGGCAGGCAGGCAGAAGCCCACGGCAGAGCCCCCUGAGCCACUGGUCUGCUGCACACCCCACAGUCAUGCUGCUCCUCCUGCACCUGCUGCCUGCCAUGCUGCCCACUGCUGCCCUGGCCAGCUGCACUGGGGCGGGUGCUGACAGGCAGCUCAUCCUGGCCAAGGUGCGGGCUCGGGUGCUGGAGCAUCUGAGCCCCCCGCUUCUCCAGGAGGAGCCCCAGAUGGAAGCAAGGAGGGUACACCGGAGAGACAUCCUUGAAGACGCUGAAGUUGAGCCAGAGGAGCUGGAGGACACCUCCCAGGUGAUCUUGUUCCCUUCCACAGAUGUGCCCUGUGAGCCCACACAGCCGGACAAACUGCUGGAGGAAGAAGGGAUUUUCAGCUAUCUCUUCCAGCCCUCAGCACACACCCUGAGCCGCAUGGUGACUUCUGCCCAGCUCUGGUUUUACACCGGUCCUUCGGCCACCCUGAACCACUCAGCCCCUGACGUGCUGGCCCUGUCAUCACAGGGCCGGGUGCCGGUGACAGCCACGGCAGAGCAGACACCCGAGCACUGGACAGUGUUUCACUUGGCCCCCGUGCUGCUGCCCCAGCUCUCGCAGCCACUCUUUGUGCUCCUGGUGCGCUGCCCUGGCUGCCCCUGCCUGGCCGAGGGGGACAAGAUGCCCUUCUUAGUGGCCACCACCCGGGCCAAGGGCAGUGAGAGGGCUCGUCGCUCCACCAUGCCCUGGUCCCCAGCUGCACUGAGCCUGCUGCAGCGCCCAUCUGAGGACUUGGCUGCCCACACCAACUGCCGCCGGGCUUCCCUCAACAUCUCCUUCGAGGAACUGGGUUGGGACAAGUGGAUCGUGCAUCCCAGCAGCUUCGUUUUCCACUACUGCCAUGGGAGCUGCACCGCGGGCCAUGGGCUGAGCCACCGUCUGGGCGUGCAGCUCUGCUGCUCUGCCCUGCCCGGCACCAUGCGCUCCCUGCGCGUCCGCACCACCUCCGAUGGCGGGUACUCCUUCAAGUACGAGACAGUGCCCAACAUCCUGGCCCAGGACUGUACCUGUGUCUAGAGCAUCCCACAGCCCAGCCCCAGACUGUGAUCCCACUGAGAAGGAGUUGCUUUCCCAGUGGGACCUUGGCCCCACAUUGCAGGGACCAAAGGGACCUGGAGGAGCAUUUUGGGCUGUGCCACCCUCCCCUGCACAAGCCAGAGCUUUGGGCUGCCCCAGGUACCAUCACGCUGCCAGACCUGCCCUAGGGCCAGUCCCUGCCCAGAGCAAGUUGGGGCAUGGCAGGGCAGGGAUAGGCACAGCCUCUGGCAAAGGCACCAUUGCCCUGCCAAAGCCAGGCUGCUGUCUGCAACCAGGUUAGCCCCCGUCUCUCUCCACCUGCUCCCCUCCCUCAGUUCUGCCCCUCCCCAAAGACUGGGGUCCCGCUUCUGCUGCAGAAUUCAACAGCCUCCAGGCAGGCCCAGGCAGCUGCAACAGGAUCAGACUGUGCCUGGGCAAAACCACGACAGGACCUCACACUGGUAGGGCUGGUGGCAUGCAUGGCACCGCAAGUGAGCCCUCUCCCGGCAGCACAGCUUGUUGAAAAGCUUAACGGGAAAUAAAUGUGCUCCCUUUACUAAAGCA